CAAAGAUUCCUCUCUCACUCCAAAGUGUUCAUAAAUAAAAAUUAAAUUAAAAAGAGAAAGAUCCUUUCUCUCUCUUCCCUUUCUCUCUGCUUCACUCUCUCACCGGAAAAUUCUCACCGACUUUUACCUUUUCGCCGACUUUCCAUUUUUUUUUUCUCUCCUCUAAAAUCACAUAACAUACUAUUAAUUUCAAACAAUUCAAAUCUAUAUUUUAAUCUCAUAAUUUAAUUAUAUUUUCGAUUUGUGAACCGCAUUGAACUGCGUUUUCCGAUCCGAUUUUCCUGGCUUAACUAAUGAUUAAAGUGCCAGCAUAAUUUUUUAAAUUUUUAUCAAAAUUAUUAUUAAUAAUCUUACUCUUUGAUUUUGUAUGUUAUUCCGAAUUUUCUUUCUCAAAUUUAUUUGAUUUUGAAGUUUUUUUUUUUAUUUUUUCUAAUCAGUUUGAUUAAUAUUGUUAUUGGAGGAAAGAGAAAAUUUACGGCGGAAAUGGCGGUGGCGACGCCGUAUCUGCAUUUUCCACAUUCACCGAAGAAAUUAACAUCAUCAAACGACGCCGUUUUGCUUUUCCGAUCUACCUUUCUCGGAACGACGUCGUCUUCUUCAAAGAUAUACAGAAUACGUUCUUUCGAGUUCAAACCAAAACAGAGGCCUUCAUCUCUUCCUACUAUUCGUCGAGCUUGUAGCGCGAACUUCGAUACAUUUUCCGACGAAGAUUUCUCCCGGAAAAUCCAGGAGUUAACCUAUAGUUUUCAAAUUUCCGACGAAAAUUUCGUCGAAUCUCAAACUAAUUUUAAUUUAAACGAUAGCAACGAUGAUGAAGAAGAUGACGAAAAAUCGUUGUUAAAAUCGCCAUUAAUGGAGAUCCAAAGUGUCGAAAUGAAGGCGAAAAGCUUAGAUCUACCUCUAUCUCUUCGGAUGAUUAAGAGGAAGAAGAAACAAUUGGAGGAUAGUUUGAUACAAGCUGGAGAAUCAGCUUAUUGUUCGGUAAAAACAGCGUUUUCAUCAAUGGUGUUUAUAAUCAGAGAGCUUCAUAGUUAUACUCUUCAGAUGAGAGAGAUUUUGUAUUUUGAAGAUUUACAAGGUAUUUUAGGAAGAGUUCAGAGUGAAAUGCAUGCUUCAUUUGUAUGGCUUUUUCAACAAGUGUUCUCUCAUACUCCUACUUUAAUGGUGUAUGUUAUGAUAUUACUGGCAAAUUUUACUGUUCACUCUAUGUCUACCUCCGCCGCCUUUGCUGUUUCUCCUCCGGUUGCCACCGUGGAGGAGAGAGAAUUCAGCGGCGGCGGUAGUCGAUUUGAGUUUGACGGUGCUGCGACGAAGAGUUUUACAGUGAGCUCGUCUUCUAAGACGACGGCGGUUGGCGGGAACAAUGGUGGUGGGAAUACCGUGAGGCCGGUAGGGAGUGGGAUGGACGGUGAUAGUUCGAUGAAUAACAAUUCGGGGAUUGUACACCGUCCGUUUGUCCCUGAUGGCGUGUCCUCCGUGAGUACGCAGGAGGACACGCGGCGGAACGAGGAUGAAGAGUUUGAGACUUGGAAUAGGAUUGUUGAUGAAGCUUCUAGAAUGCAGAGUGAAUUGAGAGAUGAAUCUCUUGAUAAUGAGACUAUGCAGAUGUUUGUUUCCCCGGUGACGGCGAAAAUCGAAGCUGAUGAUUAUGUUGAUUACUUCAAAACAGAGCUUCAUUAUCAGAGUAUUGUUGCUCAAGACCCUACUAAUGCUUUGAUCUUGGCUAAUUAUGCUCAGUUUCUCUAUCUCGUUGUUCAUGACUUUGACAGAGCUGAGGAAUACUUCAAAAGAGCUACUAAGGUGGAGCCAAAAGAUGCCGAUGCACAUAACAGAUAUGCACAUUUCUUGUGGCAAGUAAGGAACGACUUAUGGGCUGCUGAAGAGACCUUCUUAGAGGCUAUUUCUGCUGAUCCUGGUAACUCUUUCUAUGCUGGUAGUUAUGCCAGUUUCCUGUGGAACACGGGCGGUGAGGACACGUGUUUUCCUCUCGAUGAUGAAACCCUCGACGAGUAGAAUACAGGAGAUACAAUAACGAUUGGGUUGAACUUGGAAAACUAAAAAACGAGGGAGUAGUAAAUUAGUAAUAGUAAGUGGUAUAGGCCCAACACGAUGUGUGGAUUUACAUUCAGCACAUAAGGAACAUCUUUCGGAAGCUUCUAGAGCGGACCGUGUUGGGUUUAUACGGCCACAUUGUAGAAGUAGUAGGCGACAGUAUAGGUGAUGCCACCGCCCAGGCGCCCACCAUUCAUAGACAUAAUUGGAAUUCCUCCAUUGGGUACCUAAUGUUCAUUUAGGGUGACAAAAGUUGGUGUUAAGUUGUUGGAAGAAUUGAGAGGAAGAAGAGAGAAAAUGCGGGUGAACAAUUUGCACAUGGUGAAAAAGUUGGGAUUUGAACGUGUGACAUAAAGAUAGCAAUGGUUAGUGUUCGAAAAAACUCUAGCCUCAGAGUUAAAAGAGGGCCAAUUUUUAAUGCACAUAAACCUUUUCAUUUAGACAUCGUAUAUGUUCAAUAGUGAACAUGUAACUAGAUUUUCUUCUGUUUUUGUUCAUAGGAUACUAUAUGUAAUGACAUAAUAUUCUACUAAUCAGAAACAAUGUUAAUUAAUUAUGAAGUUGUAUAAUAAAAAAGAGGAAUUGAAUAAAUAAUAAAAAAAGAGUUUUGGAACAUGGGAACUAUAUGCUCUA